GUCAGUAUUCAGUAAGCAACAAGUGAGCGAGCUACAAACAGCCAACAGCAAACAGCUGAGCAACUAACCAGUUUUAUCAAAGUGUUAAGCUAACUAAUACAAUCAAGAUGCGUUUGGGACAGACCGUACCUAACUUCAAGGCCGACACCACCAAGGGGCCAAUCAGCUUCCACGAGUGGCAGGGCAAUUCGUGGGUGGUGCUCUUCUCUCACCCCGCCGACUUCACUCCCGUUUGCACAACCGAACUGGGCAGAAUCGCGGUGCACCAGCCGGAGUUUGCCAAGCGGAACACCAAGUGCCUGGCGCACUCCGUGGACGCACUCAACUCGCACGUCGACUGGGUGAAUGACAUCAAGAGCUACUGCCUGGACAUUCCCGGGGACUUCCCCUACCCGAUCAUCGCUGACCCCACUCGGGACCUGGCCGUCAGUCUGGGUAUGCUCGACGAAGAGCAGAAGAAGGACCCCGAGGUGGGUAAGACCAUCCGAGCUUUGUUCAUCAUCAGCCCAGAUCACAAGGUCCGCCUAUCCAUGUUCUACCCCAUGUCCACUGGUCGCAAUGUCGAUGAGAUCCUGAGGACCAUCGACUCUUUGCAGCUGACUGAUCGUCUCAAGGUGGUGGCCACUCCUGCUAACUGGACUCCUGGCACCAAGGUAAUGAUCCUGCCCACUGUCACCGAUGAAGAAGCCCACAAGCUAUUCCCCAAGGGAUUCGACAAGGUAUCCAUGCCAUCUGGAGUGAACUACGUGCGCACCACUGAGAACUACUAGACCCCUGAAACUUUUUCUAUUUCUGAACAUGAAUUUCCCAUUCCGUAUGUGCCAAACAUUAGUAUUAAUAACUAAAAAAAUAAAAAAUAUUUUAACCAAA